AAAAAAAAAUAUGAUUCACGACCGCUGCUUGCUACUUUAUCCUAAGCUUCUGGGUCUUACUUCCUUCAUUAGGGCUGGGGUUGGGUCCGCAAGCACAGUAACAAGCACAAGGAGGACGAAGGUGAGCAAAGGAAGAAGGGCCUUGGCCGCAGCGACGAUGGCCCUGACUGCCGCCGCCAUGGGCUGGGAGGGCGUGGACGAUCGUCUUGUGAGGAUGGUGACCGAGGCCACUCUUGACCAGGCCCCUGAACGCCGCAGGGUCCGAGACGCCUUUAAGAUAAUCCAACUUGGGAUCGACCACUGCUUGUUCAAGGCCCAAUACCUGGGAAUUAGAAUGGAAGAGUCAUAUGAGGUAAACUCAAGAGGCAUUGAGAUCUUCAAGAAAAGUUGGUUUCCAGAACAUUGUAGAUUAAAGGGCCUUGUUUGUUUCUGUCAUGGCUAUGGAGACACUUGUACAUUUUUUUUUGAAGGGAUUUCAAAGAAGAUUGCAUCAGCUGGAUAUGGAGUCUUUGCAAUGGAUUACCCUGGAUUUGGUCUUUCUGAAGGACUGCAUGGAUAUAUACCAAGUUUUGAUUUACUCGUGGAUGACGUAAUAGAGUGCUUCUCAAGAAUUAAAGAGAACCCUGAAUACCAAGGGCUUCCCAGCUUUCUAUUUGGGCAGUCUAUGGGUGGGGCGGUUGCCCUGAAAGUGCAUUUCAAACAACCUUGUUUUUGGGAUGGUGCUAUUUUAGUUGCACCAAUGUGCAAGAUGGCAGACAAUGUUGUUCCACCUUGGCCUGUUCAGCAAAUUCUAAUUUGCAUGGCAAAAGUUCUUCCAAGAGUGAAGUUAGUCCCUCAGAAAGAUUUAGCUGAGAUGGCAUUUAAGGAUAUAAAAAAACGAAAACAGUGCUCCUAUAAUGUUAUUGCUUACAAGGAUAAACCACGGUUGAGAACAGCUUUAGAGAUGCUUAAAACUACACAAGAGAUUGAACGCCGAUUAGAGGAAGUUUCCCUCCCCAUGAUAAUUCUACAUGGUGAGGCUGAUGUUGUAACAGAACCUUCUGUGAGCAAGGCUCUGUAUGAAAAGGCAAGUAGCGCAGACAAAAAAAUGCACUUGUAUGAAGGUGCAUAUCAUUCAAUCCUAGAAGGUGAAUCAGAUGAGAUGAUCUUUAAAGUUCUUGAUGAUAUUAUAUCUUGGCUGGAGGAACAGUGCCGUAAAAGAUACACUGAAAGUUCAUAAUAUAAUAUGAUCCCUGUCACUGUCUUCCUUUUCGUGCCAAAUAUAUUUUUAAGUCAAUUUCUUUAUUAUGAGUAUGAAAAGGUUGCCAUCUGCAACUUGUAUGUUGCAUUUAGGUGCUUUAUUUUAUGAUUGUGAUAAACGGCUAUUCCAAGUUAAAUGUAUCAUUCUCAUUCAUAGAUGGUGUUUUUGCUUCCAUGUGAA